UUAAAAAAAAAACAAAAAAAAAUGGGAGUGGAAAUUGAUUUUUAAAAUUCAUUAUAAUAAAAUAGUCUAGUUGUUUAUUUACGUAUUUAAAAAUAAAUAUAAAAUGGAUAUUGAUACGGCGAGUGACAAUACGUCAAUUGACGACAAAACUGAAGAUUUUUGUGAUAAUCCAACGAGAGAUGCCUUGACGGAAGGGCUCAUGAGCCUUCUGAAGCCUACAGUUGAUCAGCUGGAUGAGAGGAUUCGUGCUACGAGAAUAAGUCAGAUUGAAUUGAAGCAGCAGAUCGAGUCACUGACUGAAGAGUUGGUGAAAAUUUCCGAGUACCUGCAAUGUCCGUUUGAGUUGGACAGUUAUGUCAAGAAGCUGGUAAAUGCUAAGCAACGUGUCACUGUUGUAAGUAACAUUUUGCAAACUACUCAAGAGAGAUUAAAUAAAGUUCACGACGCGGUUGAAAAAGAUACUGCAAAAAGAAAAGCUCUGUUAGAUCACAGUCCUAUUUAUUCAAGUCAUCCUCAGGAUGAUCAGAAAGACGUUGUUCCGUCAGUAGAUCAACAAGUACCUCAAGCAGAUCAAGAUCCAGGUGUAGAAAGAUCAGAACAACCGGAGCUAGAUUUAAAACCUGCUGAUAAUUAA